AUUGGUUUUCCUAUUUUAAAAGCUGUCAGUAUGUCAAGAGGCACAUUGAUGGUUGCUCUGACGAUCUAUUAGCCGUGAGUUACUUUCUGUAAAAGUAACAUGGGACCUUGUGACGCAACCAGUGCAUGGGAGGACCUUCUUCUGUCGACGGUGCAGCAGCAGGACGUGCCGACUGUGAGGGGAUGGAUAAGGAUGAAUGGUCUCCCAGUGGCCAUUGCGAAGGUCUAUUACAAAAUAUGGAGCGUAAGAUUUCAAAAUGUCGUCGAGUCAGCGCUGCUCGACCGGUGCCUCAAGGAGGCCUACUUUCGCGAGCGUGACCUGCAGCACAUCCUCCGCCGGCCGAAGAAAAUGUCCUCGGAAGCCUGCCCCGAAAGUGCUGCGGGAGUCAAGCUGCUGUGGACCUGCCUGCGGGUCGAGAAGCACUUCCAAGACGUAGCGUCGCACCGCUACUGGCUCAUGCAGACCUUCCGCCGCCUCGUAAGCGACGCCAAGAUUUUCGGCGAGUUGGACUGCAAGACUGUCGCGCGCCUGCACGUGCGUUGCGAACGCCACGACCUGUCCAAGUUCCGACUGGAGCAGGCCGUCGGCUACACUCUCCGGUGGGUACACGGCUUGCACUCCGAUCUCUGGGUCCGCGCCUGCAACCUGCACCUUCUGCAGGAGGACCACCAUCCGCAGUACUACUUUCGGAGGGCGCACAUCGACAUGCAGAAGGGGGACGCGCACACCGACGACGAGAGAAUGGACGAGCUCGCCCGCUACGAGUCGAUCCUGGACAUGGUGGCGUGCCGCUGGGAGAGGCGGCUCGGGGGGGACCGCGGCGUCGCCACGAGCCAGCUGGUCAACGCCUCGGAGGAGGUGAGCGAGCUUGGGCGAUACUGCCCAUGCGACUUGAAGUAUGUUACAGACGUCUAUAAAAUAAUAGAAAGCUUUGUCGAUGAAAAAAACUAAAUUUCCAAGUAUCUAGAUCCUAUCGAUACAAUGGAUUGCUCAAUUGAAUAGUACGUAUCGUUACAAUCCACCGUGUAUUUAAAUGAAUGUACAUGUAUUAUAAUGUUGUGUUAAUGUAUUUCAUUCUUAAAUAAUAUUUAUCUUAUCUAUUAACAUUGCAAGUAACUUCCCUACUCUUUAUUUUUCUUUAAAUCAUCUUAUCAUCAGGCCAUUACCAUCUGCAGCUUCACUAUCUAUCACUAUCACUCCUCUGGUUCAUCAUCAUGUUCGUACUGAGUUGCAUCCGCUCAUCACAUCACUUAUUAUUUUUCGUUAUCUAUAAAAAACAUUCACUGCAUAUAAUAUUCAGCAUUAAACAUACGAAAGAGCAA